GUUCGACAGCCUGUGACCGUCUCUAAUUCCUACAGUACAUCUGAGCUGAAACAAUGGCUCGGCCUUAUUCUCUCAGUCGGCGCGAGAUUACACUCGUUUUGUUCUCCGUCCUGAUUUUUUUGGUCUUCUACAACUUCGAUGCGACUUCCAACUUCUUUGCCAAUCCUAACCUCCCUGGCAUAUACUCAAAUCCCUCCGCUGAUGGUGGUCUCGACAUGGACAUAUAUGGGGACUGGGUGUCCGACGAGAAACACAUAUCUAGCGUUCAUAAGCAGCAAGAGGAAGAAGAUGCCUCGGAAGGAGAUAUAUGGCUAAAGACCGAUCGUAUACCUGAGGCGCAGAAACAAGUCAUCUUCGGGGAUAUCGGUGUCAACGAUGGCUUCAUGCAAUGGGGAAUGGACAUUCCUGAAACUCGAAUAGUGAAACAUGUCGCUGGAUUCUCGAUCAUGGACAAUGUAAUAAUGUGCAAUGGCACAAUUUUCAUUGUGACGGAUUCUCCUUCAAGCUUCCCUUCCUUGGGUUCCAUUGCAUCGUCUGCUGACAACUCGCACGAAGAUCCACUUCCAGGAGAAUGGAACAUGUUGUCGAUCGAGCAAGCCAGAGACAUACUUGGUGCAUAUGGUGGAUUGAUUCAAGGCACGAGUUGGCUAUCGUAUGACGCAAUUCCAAGCAACUACACACUUUUCUCGCUCUGGAGGACCCACAGCUCCCUGAACACGUCGACGUCUUCAGACCCUUUCCAUCCGCCACGACGACUGUUCUUCCCGAACAUUCCUCCUUACAAAGGAAUACCACCCCCAACCAGAACACCUAUCAUUAGACGUCAACGUUCGGACAGUGGUUUUCAUCCAUAUCUUCCAAAGGCCGCUUUUCCAUCGCUCGGCUUGAUGUACAAAGAAGAUUGGGAAGAUUAUGCCCUCAUGGAAGUCCCUUUCGUUUUCGAGAGGCUCGUCGUCGCCGAUUUUCGUGCAGCCGCACGUUCGGCAAUCGAUGUGCCUCCCUUCGCUCUCCCGCUUGUUGGCUUGAAUGCGUCAAAGGAAUGGUGGGAGCCGAUUAGGCAGAAUCUUGCAAAAUUCUUGCAUGUAGACCACCGCCCACAAAAUCUUCACAGUGGACAAGAAAAAACAGUCGUCACUUACAUAUCUCGACAAGAUGCCACAACCGGUUCAAGGCUGAGGAGAGCCGACCACGAUGCGUUGGUCAACGCUCUCGAAACGUUGCAUGAGAGCAACGACUUCGAGGUCAAGAUAGUCUCUUCCGAGGGUCCUUGGGUAGAAAGGUUGUCAGCUGUCGCCCAGUCCAAUGUCGUUCUGGGUGUUUACGGAGAUAGCCUCGCUGACAGCAUCUUUAUGAGGCCAUCAGAACAUUCAGCUCUGAUGGAAUUUUUUCCCUCUGACGUCUUUACUCGCGACGCAGAAACGGCGGUUUGUUCCUUAGGCAUUCGCUACAUCGCCUGGUGGAAUGAUCGGCGGUUCGAAACCGACAGUCUUCCAUCUAUUACUCCAGGUAUUGACUCUGCUCAAGAAGUUCAGAUCGAUCCUGCUUCAGUCGUGCAUGCCAUCCUGGAGGUGGUCACUCGCACAUAGAUAUUGUCGGCAAAAAGGUUCGCCUAGACAAUCGCUCUUCACUUGCUCAAGAGGACAGGUGGAGCUAAACCCCUUUCACGACAACCCGCCAGCCAUCUAUAUUUGCACCGUAACUUAUUUAGUCCUGAGGAACGCAAAGUAGUAGGACUCUUCUUGGACACCUUGAUCAGUACAUCGUGUAUUGAGGACAUGUGAUACGUGUACUAGCUUGUAUUUUGGGAUGACCGAGUCUGGAGGACAAUGGGCGUGGAGUGAUUCGUGCUGCAUCGACCAGAACAACAAUGAGAAUCAGUCAGUUCCAUGUUCAUCUUGUAUCACUACUCAG